CCAGCAUGCAGGACAGGAGCCACAUGCCCUACAUGGACGCCUUGGUGCAUGAGGUCCAGAGAUACAUUGACCUCCUGCCCAUAAACCUGCCCCAUGCCGUGACCCGUGACAUUAAAUUCAGGAACUAUGUCAUCCCUAAGGGCAUGACUGUAAUUACCUCACUGACAUCUGUGUUGCAUGAUGACAAAAAAUUCCCUAAGCCAAAGGUGUUCGAUCCAGGAAGUGGCAACUUUAAGAAGAGUGACCACUUCAUGGCUUUAUCAACAGGUAACAUUCCCUUUAGUCCCUCAGACAACAAGAUUCCUCUUUAGGAGUAUUGGACACUCACAUAGCAACCACUCCUGGGCAGACAGAAUGGCUCUUUGUCUAUUAUAAUGAGCUCCACCCCAGUGCCUAUAGAUUUUCCUUCCUUAUGACACCUCUGCAUUGUUGGGUGAGACUGCUGGUUCGUUGUAGAGAUGAUACAAACA